AUGACCACGUCCGAGCUCGCGUCGCCUUGUCCAGCUACCGAGACGCCGUGCAGCGCUCCUGGGUCUGUAGCAGAGCUCCAAGUCAAUGGAGAAGCUCCGCAAGAUGCUGCUUUAUCGUCUGACAAGAAAACGAGCGCCUGGAAAGAGCGUGGCAGCAAGAACUUGACGUACGAAGAACGCCGCUCCAUGCUCGAUUUCCUCCUCAAGAGGCGCGUCGAUGGCACGUCCAAGCUCGUGCGUCACGCUGUCACAGAUGCAGCCACGGAGUUUCGAGUAGAUCGUCGCACGGUCUCUCGGCUGUGGAAACGAGCAGUGCAGAGUCUCGAGAAUGGAGACGAGGUGUGUGACGUGGCGUCACGCAAAGUCGGACGUCGUGGUCGUCGGAAGCGCGACUGGUCGGCGGAACUCAAGCGCGUGAAGGAGAUUCCCGUGUCUCAACGAGGCUCGAUCCGCGCACUGGCUGUUGCCGUGGGUAUUCCCAAGACGACGCUCUACGAGCUCUUGAAAGAGAACGGGAAUCCUUGUAUUAACUCAAUCAAGCCGUCGCUCACGGACAAGAAUAAACUGGACCGACUGCGGUAUUGCGCCAACAAGGUGCGACCGAAUGGUCUAUUUGACGACAUGCACAACGUCGUGCAUGUCAAUGUCAAGUGGUUUGCUUCUUCGAGGGACAAGAAGACCAAAGUUAUGUUUCUGGUAGCAGUAGCAAGACCGCAGUGGGAUCUGCACAAGAACGAGUGUUUUGAUGGCAAAAUUGGCAUGUGGCCGUUUGUGCGGGAAGUAACGCAGGCACACGAUGCAGAUGGGCCGCAAUUGCCGGAGCGAACGUUUGUUGCGCUCGAGACUGUGACGAAGGAAGAUGUGCAGCGUAUGAUCACAGAGCUAGUGAUCCCGGCCAUUCGGCUGAACAUGCCAGUGCAUCUCAUGCACGGUCCUAUCUACAUCCAGCAAGAUAGCGCAAAGAUUCGGUGCUCGGGUGACGCAACCUUUGCUGAAGAAGGACGAAAGCACGGCUGGAACAUACAGAUGCAGAACCUCCCGCCCUAUUCUCCGGAUUUUGUCGUGAUGGAUAGCGCUUUGUUCAAACCUAUCCUGGAUGUACUGAAAACCUCGCCACCUCAACCGUCCGCGUCUUCGGUGUCCGGGCUUGCAGAAUUGAUUUCCAGUGUGGAGCGAGGGUUUGCAUCGCUGACGAGAGAUGACAUUAAUGACGCAUUCUUGACGUUGCAAAAGGCUUUGGAAUGCACAAUGCGAGUUCAAGGCGCUAAUACAUACGAGCUCGGUCCUACUAGUAGAGAACAGCUCCAAAUGGAGGGCAGUCUGCCUGUGAGUGUAUUAUGCGACCCUGCUGCAUUGCUGGCGUGUCGGGCGGUCCUUGAUGAUGCUGUAGAAGAAGGCCUUGAUGCUGUUUGA